AUGCCCAUGAACAGAAGAACAAGUGAUACUAAUCAAACUACUUCUCUUAGAAGAAGUAGAAGAAUGUCAGCACAAACCAAUAAUAACAACAAUAAUUCUAUCAAUACAAUGAACACUACAACUGCCCAAAGGAGGAGGGUACAAAAUAAUAAUAACAUCAACCAUAUUACCACCACCACUGCCAUUACUACCACUCAAAGUAGAAGAAGGAGAGCACCAUUACCAAGGUCACUACAAGCAAAUGUCCCUCAUCUAACAAUUGAGCAGGUGCUUUUGAUACAGUGUCCAAUUUGUCUAAACAGUCCAAAUGACACUGUUACUACUUUAUGUGGCCAUGUGUACUGUCACAGUUGUAUUUCUACUUGGAUUAGGGCAUGUGGUGAGGGAGCUACUUGUCCACUUUGUAGAGUGGGAAUAAAUUUGACUGAAAUCAGAAGAUUCAAAUUUAUGAUGGGAAGACAAACUUAA